AUGGAUAACAGCAGCAGCAUCAACUCCACCGCGUCCAAUCUGAGCACUGCUUCCUUCGAAAAGAUCGAUCAGGCGGCGAGCUGGGUGGGCACAACCGUCAUAUCCGCCUUCUUCGCCUCCCUCGAGCGUUGCUCCUGCGUUAAUCUAUCAACCUCCGACGAUGAUGACGAAGACGACGACGAAUCCCACAGCCGUCCCCUUGCUCUCUCCCCCGCUCCUCACCCAGACGACAUUGUUUAGCUACUCCGCUAAUCCCUUUCACGGGUUCUGUUUCUCCUAAUCAGAUCUGGAUGCAUGCUUCUCAGAACUUUUGAUUGAUUGAUCAAUAUGAGAGUUUAAAUUUGCGCAUAA